CGCUGCAGCACCUCGGCCACCCGAACCAUUUUGCCAGGCCGCUGUCCUCAGGGGAAGCCCUCUGCCUGCCAGCCCACCAUGCCCGUCUGUUGCCGCCUGCCCGCUUUUAUCUUGGGGCAGCUCCUCUGCAUUUAUGUCCACCUUGCUGCCGCCGGCCUCCACUUCAAGGAAGGGCAGAGCUGCUACAAGCCGCUGCCGCGCAAGCCAGCCGGGGUGAGGACGUACCCUCGUCCGCAUGAGUACCUGGACCUCUCUGCCCUGCCCAAGAGCUGGGACUGGCGAAACGUCAACGGAAUCAAUUACGCAAGCGCCACACGCAACCAGGGCGCCCCGCAGUACUGUGGGUCCUGCUGGGCUCAUGGUUCCACCAGCGCCCUAGCAGAUCGCAUCAAUAUCAAGAGGAAAGGCGCUUGGCCCUCUGCUUUCCUCUCAGUUCAGCAUGUGGUCGACUGUUCCAGAGCCGGUUCGUGCGCCAAAGGUGGCGAUGACAGUGGUGUGUGGGAAUACGCUCAUGAGCACGGCAUCCCAGAUGAGACUUGCAACAAUUACCAAGCUAAAGAUCAAAAGUGCAGUAAGUUUAAUAAGUGCGGAACGUGUGUUACUUAUGGAAAGUGUCACAUAAUAACGAACUACACCUUGUGGAAAGUCGCUGAUUAUGGCUACCUCAGUGGAAGGGAACAAAUGAUGCCAGAGAUCUAUGUCAAUGGACCCAUCAGCUGUUCAAUCAUGGCUACUCCAAAGCUGGAUGAAUACACUGGAGGACUUUUUGCUGAACACCAGAACUCAAUAGACAUAAACCACAUCGUCACUGUUUCUGGCUGGGGAAUAGAAAACGGAACAGAAUACUGGAUUGUCCGCAACUCCUGGGGCGAGCCUUGGGGAGAGCGUGGCUGGUUUAGAAUUGUGACAAGUGCAUAUGAAGCAGGAACAGGAAAAAGCUACAACCUGGGUCUGGAAGAAUACUGCACCUAUGGAGAUCCAAUAAUUCCUUGAGCCCACAAAUGGCUUUUGCUUGUUGCUCACGCUUUUGAAAUAAAUGGGGCUUUACCAGCAAUGCGUUUUCCUUCUUAAGGAAGGGAAGUAUAGCUAUUUAGCAAUGCACACUAAUGAUUAAGCAUUAGCAUAGUACAGUUUGCUUAUUCCAUCAUUGCAUGAAUUCAAACCUGUGAAUAACAUCUGUCAUGAGGGACAACUGUUGGCUGCAGAGAGCAGUGGGGACAUUGGGUGUCUUUGAUUGGAGGCUUUCAUCACUUAUAGAGCAUAUGCAGAUAGCUUUACAGUUUGCCAGAAUAUACGGACCACAACCUACCUAAAAUCAGUAGAGUCUCGUUUUAAACAUGUGCUUAAGCAACCAUGGAACCAAGCCAUCUUGUGAUGUUCCAUGCAACCAGAAUCCUGCAUAGAUCAGUUUCCAGAGGGAUAGCCUCCUGGUGCAAAAGCAAGUCUUGGGGUGCCUUAAAGCGGCCUUCCCCAACAUGGGGUGCUCCAGAUGUGUUGGAUGGGAAUUGUAGUCUAACACACUUGCAAGGCCAGGCCCCAUGUUGGGAAAGGCUGCCUUAAAGACGUGAGGCAUUUAUUGUGUUAUAAAGUUUUAUGUCUACAAAAAUAUAUGGCAGAAUAAAUUUGGUAGUAUUUAAGGUGUUCAGACUCUGUUACUUCGGCACUGAGGGACACUGCCUAGAGAUAACUGGACGUUUUGUUGAUUCAUCUUAGAUAGACUUAUUGCUCACAAUAUGAUUCCACGAUUCCAAAACAAAGACAUGAAUAUCGUUGUUCAAUAAGCUCAUAUGCCCAUUGACUAAGUGUGAACUCUUGUAAUAUGCAGCUGUGAGUCCUGCUCCAUCCAGUCUUCAUUAACAAAGCCAAACAAAAACAUUUUGAUUGUACUUGGAUAAAUUGUUGUGAA